CGUGUGAUUCUCAGAACCCAGAGUCACAUGAAACGAAGGCUCGGACUAACUUUCUCAGCCGCAAACCCAAACUCACAGAGAGUGGUGUUCCACCAAACCCAAACCCAAGCUAUCACUGAUGAUGAUGAUGAAGAUAUACAUACACACUGCGAUUUCAGCUUCCACCAACUGGAAUUGCUCUUUGAUUCGACCACACCGUAACAACACCCUUAGACCGUUCAAUUUUGCUCCCUCUUCUUCACUCUCUACGGAUACUUUUUCAAGUAACCGCAUAACUUGCUCCUCCAAUUCCCAUUCCAUCAAGACCUAUCGCUUGUCGCAGCUCACAAACGAUGAGGUUCUCGGACUCAAGACCCGGCCCCGCAUCGAUUUCUCCUCCAUUUUCAGCAUGGUUAACCCCAUUGUUCAUGAUGUUCAGAGAAGAGGGGAUGCUGCAGUUAAAGAAUAUACUUCAAGGUUUGACAAAGUUGAAUUGGAUAGAUUGGUUGAAGUUGUGCCUGAGCUCCCAGACCCUGUGCUUGAUCCUCAUAUUAAGGAAGCUUUUGAUGUUGCCUAUGGCAAUAUAUAUGCGUUUCAUGCUGCUCAGAAGUCACCUGAGAGAAGCGUUGAGAACAUGAAAGUUGAAAAGAUCUUUGGCCCUGGAAACCAAUAUGUCACAGCUGCAAAAAUGAUACUUCAAAACAGUGAGGCCAUGGUUUCAAUUGACAUGCCAGCUGGUCCAUCUGAAGUUUUGGUCAUUGCAGAUAAGCAUGCAAUCCCUUCUCAUGUUGCUGCUGAUUUGCUUUCCCAGGCUGAGCAUGGACCUGAUAGUCAGGUUGUUCUUGUGACAGCUGGAGAUGGUGUGGAUCUGAACUCAAUACAAGAGGAACUCAGCAAGCAGUGCAACAGUCUUCCAAGAGGAGAGUUUGCCUCUAAAGCUCUUAGCCACAGUUUUAUCGUGCAUGCACGUGACAUGCUUGAGGUACCUGCUGCGACUACACACAGACGGGGAGUUAAACGAAGAUCCACAAAACUUUCACGAAAAUGCAGACCUUCCCCAUGAAUAAAAGGAGAUGGAGAUGGUGAUAGAGGGUAGAUAAGAAUACACCAUAGUAAAGUGAAAGAGUGGAGAGGGUCCAUCUACUUGGUUUCCACAUGGCAGAAGUUGGUGAAAGAAAGAAACUGUCACAUGGCCCCCUCUCGUGCUUCUUCUGUGGACAUGGAAUUACAAAAGAAGAACCGGUGCAAUCAGCAGUAUCCGAUGAGGACGGAAU